UAUAGUCUACUUACAUUGCGUACUGACAAAGUUGUGUGUAGUGAUUAGCCAUCAUGGCGAAUCCAAGAAAAUUUAGCGAAAAAAUAGCUUUACAUAAUCAAAAACAAGCAGAAGAGACAGCAGCAUUUGAACAAAUAAUGCGAGAAGUGUCUGAUGCUACCGCGAAGCCUGACGAAAAUAAUCCACUUACACAAAUUGGAUUAAAUACUCAAACAAAUGUAGAAACAGUAAAAACAAAUGCAACCCAAAGAGAAAGCCGAGGAAGAUCGGUUGGUGGUGGACCUAUUAGAUCUCGACCUAUAGAAAGAAAAAUGGAUACAUCACCGUAUUCUAGUGGCCCAUAUUUAAGUCCGCCGCCGGAUACCAGUUGGAGACGAACUAAUAGUGAUUCAGCUUUACAUCAAUCUGCAAUGCAAUUAGCUGGUGAAUGUUCAAAUUUACAAAGACGACAUGCGGAUUCAAUUGGUAGUAGAUGGAGUAUAACACAGAGGUCACCAUCAUCACCGUCACAUGAGAAUCAUCAUCAUCAUCAGCAACAUCAUCAUCACCAUCAUUACGAACAAAGACCCAGAUCAUCCUGUGAUGUUCCUCGCGUUCCAGGCAUUAAUAUAUAUCCAUCAGCGCAUGAACCGGGUACAGUACAAAUACCAAUAGGCAACAAUACAGGAUCUCUACCAGAUCUCACAAAUGUACAUUUUCCAAUACCUUUAAAUAAUCCAUUGGAUAAUGAACAAGACCAAAGCAGCUCUCCUUACAGUUCUAGCCCUGUUAGUGCAAGUCCAGCUACCUUAUCACCAACGAGUUUACCAACCAGACAACCAUCUGCCAGAUUUCAAUUUUCACCAGGAACGCCUGGAGCUCGUGCAUCUAGUCCAAUAACAUCAACACAUCAAAAUCACUUAUCUGUUCCUGGUAAUAGUAUAAAUUCUAGAUUUCUUCACCAUAGUAAGGGUAUAACACUGGAUAAUACUUUAACAAAUAUAGCAGAUUAUCAACAGCAACAAUCACAACAAUAUCAAGUGAAUAGUAUUCCAAAUAUAUAUCAACAGCAACAAUGCUCACCACCAUCUCCUAUAGCAAACACGCCGACUUACGAAAAUUCCAUAUGGGACCAACCCCAAAUCAACCGUCAUCCUGCACAAAUGGGUCCAAAUACAGGCUACAGAAGUCCACAGACACGGCCAAGUCCACAAUCAUCACCUGGUGUAACCGCUGACGGUGCCCGACAUUCAGCACCAUGUUCGCCAUCUGCUCCACAUAGUCCAUUACCAUCAGAUAAUUAUAUUUAUAAUCAAACAGCGUUAUUACAACAACAGUUUGAAGUGUGUUCAAUGGUGGACAAUCCAAAUCCAGUCGUAACUAGCAAUUAUAACAUAGAAACCAGUAAUGCAAGUAAUACGCAUUUUACCCAGGCAAAUUCAGAUUUAACAAACAUUGUAACCAGUGAAUUAGGUGACGGAGGAUAUUUUAGUACUUCACCUUCGUUACCGUAUACAAAUGCACCAACUAGUCUACAUACAACCCCUAACACUCCAACUAGUAUUCCCGACAUUAUACUUACAGAUUUCUCAAAUCCUGGAGACGAUUUAUGUCGAGCCGAAUUAAGCAAGGAGUUGGGAUCAGCAAUAACCGGUACAUUAGAUACCGAUUUCUUUCCAUCAGAUGAAAGUUUACGUGAAGGUUUAGGACCGCUUGAUUUUGACGGGCUACAAAUGUUAACAGAUCCUGAAUUAAAUGUUAUUUCAGACUACACCGAAGAUCAUUUUCGACAGGAUCGAUUGUAGUGAGGCAAGUAAAAGCCUGUUUAAAUAAAUAAUAAUGCCUGUGUUCGUUUUAAAAUUAAAUUUAGUGAAUGUAGUAAUUUUUUAUGGAAGACUUUAAUUUCAGCUUUUAAAGAAAAAAACAAAACAAAAACUGUGACAAAGAGGGAAAUGAAUGUUUUGACCUCUUUUUUUAAGACUGAUUAUUGUGUGUGUAGUGAAAGUAAUGUGAACUAUAUCCACGUUUCAUUGCCAUACAUUGAAUUAAUUGG